AAAAAAUAAAAAGCUAUGAUGUUAAUACUAAUAAUAAUAACCCUUGUUCUAAUUCUUCCCUCACUAAAUUCCGCCAUUUCUGGCAUCUGCCAAGAACCAUUCAACAUAUCCUUCACCAAAUUCGAUCCUCAGAUCUGCAAUGACAACUCCAGCAACUUAAUCUGCUACGGCCCAGUUUCUGUAUCCAAUGGAAGCUUGGAAAUAACGCCGGAUUAUCGCCGGAAUGAUCCGCCGGCCACCUGGCAAAUAGGCCGUGUUCUUUACAGACAACCAGUUCCAGCAUGGCCGGCGUCUUUCUGUUCUGUCUUUACUAUUAGGAUUUUGAGGGACCCAACUGUUAUUGAUUCCGGCGACGGUAUGUCUUUUAUUAUUGCCCAGGAUAAUGGUCCGCCGCCGGAAAAUAGCUAUGGCUCUUACAUUGGUAUCUUUAAUGAAUCCACGGAAGGUGUCCUUCAUCAAGUGGCAAUUGAAUUAGACACAUGGAGAAACGAAUGGGACAUAGAUGACAAUCAUGUUGCAAUCGACAUCAAGAACGUGAAAUAUCCCAUCAAGGUUAGAAGUCUAAGCGACAUCAAAAUUGAUCUCAAGAGUGGUAAACUCAUCACGUUCCAAAUCGAAUACGAUGGAUGGUCGAAGAAUCUUCACGUUUCGGCCGCAUAUGCAGGCGACCCUCUAGUAAACUUCCUAAGUCACUCGAUCAAGAUGAAGAAAACCGUACCAAGCUCUGUAUUCAUGGGUUUCACAGCAUCCACGGGCCCUCUCGUUGAAACACAUCAAUUAUUAGCAUGGAACCUCUCAAUCGUAGAGCUUCCAAACAAGUCCUUAGAGGAUCCGAAGGAGAAGAAGUUAUACUUUACGCUUUUCAUUACCACAGGGGGUUUGAUAUUAAUAGGAAUGAUGUGUAUACCUAUUGGUAUGAGAAUUCGAAAGCGAAAGAAAGAAAAGAUGAUGAGAAGGCAAGACAUUGAGACAUUCAUUGCAGCUGCUAAAGGCCCAAAGCUUAUACCCUAUAGAAAGCUCUCAAAAGCGACUCGGAAUUUCUCAAAGGACAAUUUAUUGGGGACAGGCGGUUUUGGAAGCGUUUAUAAAGGGGUUCUAUCAUCAAACCCUCCUCUCACCAUAGCAGUUAAAAAGGUUUCAUCUACUUCUAGACAAGGUGAGAAAGAGUAUUUGGCAGAGAUAUGUACCAUUGGGCGGUUGAGGCACAAGAACUUGGUCCAGCUACAGGGAUGGUGCCAUGAGCACGGGGAACUACUCCUAGUUUAUGAAUUCAUGCCAAACGGAAGCCUUGAUCGCUACAUCGGAAAACGCUGCAAGUCUCUCGAUUGGCCGACGAGGUACAACAUACUCCAAGGAUUGGCCUCCGCAUUGCUUUAUCUUCACGAGGAAUGUGACAAUCCCGUUGUCCAUAGAGAUGUCAAGCCAAACAAUGUAAUGUUGGAUGCACAAUACGUAGCUCAUUUGGGCGACUUUGGGCUUGCAAAGCUUCUCCAUAAUGAAACUGCGAUCACAACUAAAAUAGCUGGCACACCUGGGUAUGUGGCCCCAGAGGUUAGCUUCACCGGUCGUGCCACACUUGGGUCGGAUGUGUACAGUUUCGGAAUGGUGAUUUUGGAAGUGGUAUGUGGUCAAAGGAAAAAAGGAUUAUUUGACGAGAAUGGUUUGGUAGAUGAGGUGUGGGAAUUUCGUGAAAAGGGUGACUUGCUCGAUUGUGUGGAUAAAAGACUAGAAAACAAGUACGAUCCUAAGCAAGCGCAAAGGGUAUUGACACUUGGACUUGCAUGCUUGCACCCGGACUACUUGUUUAGGCCAGGGAUGAGGAAAGCGGUGCAAAUCUUUGUAAACCCUAACGAACCAAUUGUUGGUUUACCUGAAACUAGGCCGGAUUCCAUUUGUCUCACUCUCAAUUCAUCUUCGACUUCAAACAACAUAAUCAGAGACAAGGCUUCCCUAGAAUCUACCCAUGAUGAAAUAACAAUCAGCAUGCAUCAUGAAUUACAUCAAAUAUGA